AUGGAUGCCGAGAAGAUAGUGAUUCCCAAGCCCCAGUUUCUCUCCAAAAAGCCCGAAUACCCUGCGCCAGCUUCGUCCAGCAAUCUGUACAAUCCCUACAAAGACAAUAGAAAGCUCCUUAUAGAAGCUGAACACCGGGCAUGUGUUAAGGAAGCCGAGGCUAGUAGAUCGGCUAUUGCUAACCUGACAAAAGAGAUGGUAUCUGCCCAACAUGCUAAUUCUUUCAUCAUUGAAGAAACUUGCUCAGAGACCACAGUUGAGAAUUUCAUCCCGCAUCCUACAGUAGGAUUUGGUGCUGGUCAAGUGUUUUUGCCCACUGACCCAAAAGUGUCCAACAAUGUCAUUCAGUCGACCAUACCCAGUAGCUCUGAAGAACUUACUGCUGAUUCUAUUGGGAAAUGAAGCCCACUCUAGUGUGAAGAUACUGUUCAAGACCAGUGAUGGAAGCUUCGUCACUGUUAGUGACGAAGUUCUCCAGAUCUUCAGAAGGAUGAUAUGCCAAUAUCAAGUGAUAGACGAAGUUGAAAAAUUAGGCGACGUUCAGGAUUUGCAACUGACAAAGGAUAUGACCAAUGCGGCAGCUGGAGAUAUACCACUUUUUCCGGAAACUUUUGAUCUAUUCGGCAAUGCUCAAACAGACUCGGCAAAUAUCACCAAUGAACCACGUGAAGUAGUGGAUAACGCUGGUGCUUUGAUCGACCCGGAAAACGUAGGGAUACCUUCACUGGACACUGAAGGGUUGAAUGAGAGCUAUCCAGUCGAAAAGCAUAAACGAAGCAUGCCUAGUUUGGACUUUUCUCCUGAUAUGUUUUUCGCUGACUGAUAACAAGAGGAUUUGUUUGGAAGAGGACACCUCGAAGCAGUGACAUGUUGU